GUGUCUGAAAGCAGAAGAGAAGUAUAUAGAAUAUAUUCAGAGUGGAGUUUGCUCAUUAUAUUCAUUGUUUCUCCUCCACAGCUUUUGCAUACUAUUCUUUACAUCCUUCCUGGUGUUUCUUUUGUCUUCGUUUUACGAACACCAUUCCUCGAUUGAGCGUAACAAAAUGGAAGAUGUUUCUCAGCUUUUAUCGCUCGAGAGCUUCUCCUACCGAUGGCUCGUGGACCAGAAAACGUCCAAGGAAAGUCGAGGCAAUUCAUUAAGAGCUUCCCUCGACGUGUCUGAUGAAGGGUCCUUCAUCGAGAUGGACCCGAGAUCCCCUCCGUCAAAGAGAUUCAUCGGCCGGAUAAAAUCCAACUCCCUGGACUUCAAAUUCGACUUUCCCGUGUUACAGUCUCCAGCUUCUCUCGUUCCUGCUGACAAGCUCUUUGCGGAGGGAUUCGUUCUCCCUCUCUUUGCUGACCCGUCGAGUAUGGAGGCAUUUCAAUGCUCAGAUUUGCAACCCGAACUUCAUUUGACCAAACCGGUAGUUUCCGGAAGCAAGGCCCGGCCUGUCUCAUUAUCGUCAAGGAGGCGGAAUAGAAGGCUGUCAGUAUCGAGGCGGUUCUUCUGCAAGUACUUGAGUUUUCUGAGGCCGCUGUAUCUCAUCGUCAUUCGAGGUGGUACCAGGAAGACUCGGGCGACGAAGAACUCGGUUUAUCCAGCAGACGAUUCUCCGAAGACGAGCUGUGCUUACUCUGUUGAUGAUUGGCGUCAUUCCUCGGCUGAUUCUGAGAGCUCGAUCUACGAGGCAGUUCUCCAUUGCAAAAGAUCCAUUGGACAGUGAAGUGACGCUGCAAGAAAUCACAGAAAGAAGAAGAGAACCAGAAGGAAAACGUUAACCCAAUAGAGGAGACGAAUACCCCCAGAAACCGAGAGCGAAAAGAAUAGAAGAAACGACCGGAAUGGAAUACCAACCGAAGAAACACACUUCUGAUGAUACUGCAAAUAAUCAUCUUUUCUACGUUUGACAGUGUCUAUAAUCCUGUUUCGGCUGUCUCUAUGUAAAAAGAACACAAACAUAUGGACAUGAAUGUAACAUUUGAUUUACAUCCUCAACAGAUCGAGUGAGAUCUUGUUAACUUA